CACCUGCUGCUGGGCAAGACUUAGACUGUGGUCCCACCGGCAGGCUUCGGCCCGGCUGGCAGGUUCCGGCCCCGCUGGCAGGUUCCGGUCCCACGAGCAGGCUCCGGCCCCGCGGUCAGGUUCCGGCCCCGCGGGCAGGCUCCGGUCCCACGAGCAGGCUCCGGUCCCAAGGGCAGGCUCCGGUCCCAAGGGCAGGUUCCGGUCCCGCGAGCAGGUUCCGGUCCCACGAGCGGGGUCCUGUCCCGCGAGCGGGCUCCGGCUCCGCGGUCAGGUUCCGGUCCCAAGGGCAGGCUCCGGUCCCGCGGGCAGCCUGGCGAAAUGCGUCUGGGCUCCGGGACCUUCGCCGCCUGCUGCGUAGCGAUCGAGGUGCUCGGGGUCGCUGUCUUCCUUCGGGGCUUCUUCCCGGCUCCCGUGCGUUCCCCUUCCAGGACCGAGCACCGAGCCGAACCCCCGGCGCCAGAGCCCUCGUCUGGAGCCAGUUCCAACUGGACUAAGCUCCCACCACCUCUCUUCAGUAAAGUUGUUAUUAUGCUAAUCGACGCCUUGAGAGAUGAUUUUGUGUUUGGGUCAAAGGGUGUGAAAUUCAUGCCCUAUUUAACUUAUCUCGUGGAAAAAGGAGCAUCUCACAGUUUUGUGGCUGAAGCAAAGCCACCCACUGUUACCAUGCCUCGAAUCAAGGCGUUGAUGACAGGGAGCCUCCCUGGCUUCGUUGAUGUCGUGAGGAACUUCGAUUCUCCGGCCCUACUGGAAGACAGUGUGCUGAGGCAGGCAAAAGCAGCUGGGAAAAGAAUUAUCUUUUAUGGAGAUGAAACAUGGGUCAAAUUAUUCCCAGAGCAUUUUACGGAAUACGAUGGAACCACUUCAUUUUUUGUGUCAGAUUAUACAGAGGUUGACGACAACGUCACGAGACACCUGGAUAAAGUGCUAGAGAGGGACGACUGGGACGUGCUCAUCCUCCACUACCUGGGCCUGGACCACAUCGGCCACGCGUCUGGGCCGGAGAGCCCCCUCGUAGGACGCAAGCUCAGCGAGAUGGACGGCGUCCUCAUGCGGAUCCACACCUCUCUGCUGUCCAGGGAGGCAGGAGUGCUCCCGCCCAGUGCACUGGUUCUGUGCGGCGACCACGGCAUGUCGGAGACGGGGAGUCACGGGGCCUCUUCAGUUGGAGAAGUGAACACGCCUCUGAUUUUCAUCAGUUCUGCCUUUGAAAGGAAAACUGGUGAUAUCAGACAUCCAAAGCACGUUCAACAGACUGACUUGGCUGUGACACUAGCAGUAGGGCUUGGUUUGCCGAUUCCAAAGAACAGUGUGGGGAGUCUUUUAUUCCCAAUUGUAGAAAGAAGGCCAAUGAGAGAACAAUUAAGAUUUUUACAUUUAAAUACAGUGCAGCUUGUCAAAUUGUUGCAAGAGAAUGUGCCACUGUAUAAGAAAGAUCCUGGAUUUGAGCAGUUUAAAAUGUCGGAAAGGUUGCAUGGGAACUGGAUCAAACUCUACUUAGAAGAAAGUAACUCCGAAGUGCUUUCCCACCUGGGUGCCAAGGUUCGCAGGCAGUACCGGGAUGCGCUGGAGACCCUGAGCCUCUCGCUGAGCAGACAGGUGGCCCCAUACGAUGCCUACUCGAUGGCCGUGGGGACAGCUGUGGUUUUGGAGGUCCUGACUCUGCUUCUGCUCAGCAUCCCCAAGGCACUGGGCAGCAAGGCCGAGCUGGAAGUCCCCCUGUCGUCCCCUUUAUUUUCUCUGCUGUUUUACUUGACGCUUCUGGCUCUCUCUGCCGUCCACAUCAUCGUGUGCACCUCGGCCGAGAGUUCCUGCUACUUCUGUAGCCUGUCGUGGCUGACGGCGGGCGGGGUGAUGGUGCUGAUUUCACUGCUGCUCUGUGCGGUGGUUUCUGCUCUUACAAGGACGUCUGUCACCGUGAAGCCUCCGAGUACGAUUCCAGCUCACUGCAGUUCCCGGUGGUCGGAAUUAGACCUUCUUAUUUUGUCGGGAACCGUGGGCCAUGUCCUGAGUUUGGGUGCCAGCAGCUUUAUAGAGGAGGAGCACCAGACCUGGUAUUUCCUCGUCAAUACCCUGUGCCUGGCGCUCUGCCGGGAGGUCUACAGUAACUGCUUCCUAGGCAACGACCCUGACCUGCCCGUGGCACGAGCAUCGGACGGCGCCGCACCCGUGCUGCCCUUCAGGAGCUGCGGGAGUGACUCAGAGGGCGACGGGGCGCAGCAGCCCUCCUCUGCCUCUGACGUGCUGGGGGCCCACGAGAAGUGGAUGGUCUUAGCAAGCCCCUGGGCAGUACUCACCUGCUGUCGGCUGCUUCGGUCGCUAAACCAGACAGGUGUGCAGUGGGCCCAUCGACCUGCCCUCGGGCACUGGCUCGCCAGCUCUGAUCACAAAGCAGCACUCUCUGUCCUGGCUGCCUUGUCCCUCGUCAUGGUUUUCGUUCUGCUUCAGAGGAGGUGCUCCCCCGUAUCGAGGGGCGCCACGGCCCUCGGACUGGUGGGUGUCUACUGCUACCGGGCUGCCGUAGGCAACGUGCUGUUCCCGUGGCAACGGGACAACGUCUCCAAGGGUGUUGUUGAAGCUCGUUUUGUUUAUGUCCUUGUCCUUGGCAUUCUGUUCACGGGCACCAGAAACCUGCUUAAAUCUCAAGUCGUCGCUGCAGAUUCCAGCUCCAGGACUGUGGGCUUGUGGGAAAUACACAGCGGGUUGGUUCUCCUGGCAGCACUGCUGCUUAGACCCCACAAUCUUCCCGUGUUGGUGUUCAGCCUCUUGAUCCAGAUCCUAAUGACUAAAUUCAUCUGGAAGCCCCUAAAACACGACGCAGCUGAGAUUACCAUAAUGCACUACUGGUUCGGCCAAGCAUUCUUCUAUUUCCAGGGCAACUCCAACAACAUCGCCUCCGUGGACGUCUCGGCCGGGUUCGUGGGCCUGGACGACUACGUGGAGAUCCCGACCAUCCUCCUGACGGCGUUUGCCACGUACGCGGGCCCUAUCCUGUGGGCCAGUCACCUGGUGAACUACCUGAGUUCAGAAACAAGCAGGAGAACAAGAGUUGUCCAAGAGAGGAAAGGCAGACUCGGAAUGGACGUGCCUUCCCCGUGGACAGUAUGCGUCCUCACAAGCCACCCAGCGCUGCCGGGAAGAUGGAGAAGUUUGUGUGUGAUUAUUAACAUUAAUCCCACCUGUUUCUUCCCCUUCAAAUUGGCUGCUAGAAAUUAAAAAUAACUCGUGUCCCAUUUCUCUCAGGCGGCACUGCUUUAGCCCCUCAAGGAGGCAUGCAGUAGGCACUCAAUUCUUGCCUGAGGGAGGGAGUGAACGGGCAGAGAUUGCCGCAGGUGGCAAGUCGUCCUCGAGAGACCAGGUAGGGCCUGGGCGCCGAGGCAUCCGCUCGCCUGUGGCUCCGUGAUGAGGCGCAGACCCUUCUGGGGGCCCUGCUCCGAGCAGUCUGUCCCUGCCAAGGCGUCAUCCUCUCGGCCCUUCCUGGGG